GGGGUUCUUGGAUCAGAGGGGUUGAGCGCAGAUAAGGGGCGGAGGGAAUAGGGGAGUAGGUUCGAAUGGCCGAGGCUUCUUCACGCGUCAACAAGGCCCCUCGAGACCAACUUCCAAGAUCACUCCCAGCAACCCAUGACAUCGACCUCUGCAUCUAGAGAACAUCCACCUCAAUUCUCACCCACAUCAAAUCCAGCAGACAGCGCUCCCACCCACUCCGGACCGUCAAAAUGCCACCAACCGACGAAUCCAUCCCAUCCGCAUCCGCUAACCCAUCCUCAACUACCAACGCAUCUUUCCUCCUCAGCAAACGCACCACCACCAGCCUACGACCGCCCCACAGACGAAGAGAUCCUUCAAUACGAAAAAGCAAUCAAAGCCGCCGAGGUCGGGGAUACACCUCUCAUUGGCGAUGUGACAGGGUUUGAUGGAUUAUUAGCCGAAUACGCCCUCUCCCCAGUCUUCCUCUCCAAAGCCCACAACCUCUCCUCAACCAGCACAGGCAUCCGCACCGCAAAACGCGACGGUAACUGCUUCUACCGGGCUUUCUCCUUCCGUCUCUGCGAGCUCUUACAUCAACAUUCCGACACACCCUGGGCGAAGGCUGUUGUGAAGCGGGCGGAGGGGACAAGGGGCGUGCUGGGCGAGGUCGGGUAUGAUGUGGGGUUGCUGGAGGAUUUUUGGGAGGUUUUUGAGGGGGUGUUAAGGCCGGUGGGGGAAGAGGGAGGACAGACGGAGGGUGGGGAGGGUGGGGAAACGUUGUUGGAGAAGAUGCGGACGGAGUAUGUGAGUGAUACGAUUGUGUGUUAUUUGAGAUUGGUCACUGCUGCUGUUUUGAAGAAGAACCGAGACCUCUUCGAAGCCUUCAUCCUAGACAGCUACCCCUCCCUCGACCUCUUCAUCUCCUCUCAAGUUGAGCCUAUGAACAUCGAAGCCGACCAACCCCACAUAGUAGCCAUCGCCACCGCCCUAGGCGUCACCGUCCGCAUCGCCAACCUUGACCCGACGCUUACCGAUUCGUCAGGGACUGUCAAUUACCAUGAGAUAGAACCGUUGGAGCCGUUGGACGUGCAGGAGGGAAAGAAGGAGGUGGUGUUGCUAUAUCGGCCGGGCCAUUAUGAUGUGCUUUAUCCGAGGGAGUAGGGGUGGUAAGGGAACUGUGAGGAUGUUGUACAUAGGGCGGUGUUGUAUAACUUUGGGAGAUGGAUGGGAGUAAGGGCAAACCACUUGAAGAAAUGAAACGGGAGUGGGUUCCGUCAUGCAUAGGAGGAAGGAAAGUGAACAUCCCUUUGUGUUGUGUGGCAUCUAUCUUCUCGGCCUCAUCAUCCUGUCCGAUACGCGUGACGAGGAAGAUGCGCUUGCAUUUUGACCUCCGUGCCCUCCGCGUGGAGAACCAACUUUGG